GGCGGCCAUGUUGGAGCGGCUGAGGCGGCGCAGCAGCGCAUCCUGGGGUCCCCGCGGCGGCGCCGGCGCUAGUUUGUGGAUACCCAGAGAGAUCUGCAGUGCCUAAUGCCAUGAGCGUGGUGGCGCAGCAUGUGGAAGAAAAAGCUGUCCACUCCUGGUCACGCAUCUCCACAGCAGGGAAGAAGGUGCUGGAAGAGGCACUGCUUGUCUUUAAUCCCAUGAGCCAGGAUCUCUGUGCCACCGAAGCCCAACUUGUGGCCUUUCUGCAGGGCCUGCGAGAUGAUGGCUUCCAGCCAACCAUUCUGCGCAGCGGUGAUGUCUAUGGCUAUAGUUCGUGCACAGCCUCUCCCCCAAGCCAGACGAAACCACAAGCUUGUGCCAACUCAACUUCCACAUCCCCUCCUCCAGCCAGUGCUCCCCAAACGGCCAUGCCGUUAUCCACAAGCCCAACCACACUAUUCCCAAUGUCACUGUCUGGCAGGCUGGCCAAAGAAUCCACACCAGCUCUUGCCAAGCAUACUACCACCAACCUGCUGCUGAGCUCCCUGAAGCAGUCAAGUGCCAGCCACACCAGUGGCAAAACCGUGGGCUUCCCUGCCCACCUUUAUCCAGGUGUUUACCCUGCCAUGCAGCUCUCUGUUGUCCUUGAGGCCCUGGUUCCAUUCAAGACUCACCUGCCUUGCUUGGAUGCUAAGCACAAGGCCCGGUCACUGCAGCUGUCACUUGCAGACUGUCCUCUAAAGCUGCGGAAGGGUUCGGGAAAAGGUCCAGGGAACCCUGCACCCAAAGCCCCCAGAAAAAACACAACAAGCAAGGGCCUCAAAUGUCUGACUCACAAAGGCCAGGGGACUGGACCCCGACAAGGCACUGGGCCCCAGAACAAGACCUCUAGAGCCACUGGGUCCCACAAUAGCAUGCAAGUGAAAAAGAGCUCUGCCCUAGGCACCAAGACGAAGGCAGCUGGAACUCUGAUCAAAGCUGCCCAGGCUCUUGUCAGUGUAGCUCAAACACAAGCCAAGGCAGCACUGGCCAGGGGCAAAACAGCCCUGGUCAGAGGCAAGAAGGUACUGGCCAGAGGCAAAACAGCACUGGUCAGAGGCAAAACAGCACUGGCCAGGGGCAAAACAGCACUGGUCAGGGGCAAAACAGCACUGGUCAGGGGCAAAACAGCACAGGUCAAGGCCCAGAAAGCACUGCCUAAGGGAAAAUCAGCACUUCCCAGAGGUAAGACAGCACUCGCCAAGAGCAAAACAGCACAGGCCAAGGCAAAAGUCGUGGUCACACAAGCCAAGGCUAAAGCAAAGGCAAUAGAUGCCAAAGCCAAGGUGGCUCAGACCAAACCCAGAGGCAGGCCAAAAGGAUCUGUUCAGAUCAGGACUGCAAGGAAGACCCAGAAAAGCCAGUCUGAGACUGUGGGACAGAAGAGGAAAAAGGCUGAGGAGGCAAAGGAUCUUCUUCCCAAGAAGAGGACACGGCUUGGACUCCAAUCUAAGGCUUGGCUGGGACCUGCUACAGCCAAACUUAAGGCCCGUGCUAUAAAGGUAGAUAAGCAGUCCUCCGAUGAUGAAGUUCUGAAGUGGGCCCAGCGAAUCUUCCAGGUGAACCUGUCUCCUAUAAUACGGCUUCAGCCAUUGCUGUCAUACUCAACAUCCUGAUUCCUUCAUAAGAAUGUUUAGAAGAGCUCUGCAACAGUGAGGACUCUGAGUACCUCUCUAGGGCCCUGGUGGGCCAAUCAGCCUCCUCUCAAAAACUGGAGGAUUUGGGGGAGGGUGGGAAGUGGGAGGGGUGUUAUGGCACAAUGCACUGUGACUUGUUCUUUGAGUUGUAUGUUCCCUGUUAGCUUCUAUCACAUUUUAUACCUUUCCACCUUUAGUCUCCCUGCUCAUCAUCCGUGUGUGUGUGUGUGUGUGUGUGUGUGUGUGUGUGUGUGUGUGUGUGUUUAGCUGCUGGCAGGCCAGCUUGAACCUGGGGAAAUUAGAUGAAAGAAAGAGGAUCUUGGUAGCUGGGGGUAGAUAGUUAAUUUGAGUAACGAGAGUGGACAAGGCUUCAAGCCUCUUAGAAAAAGUGAGGCGUAGUUCAGGUGUUUAGCUCCUUUUGAGUAUGUGAGAGGGA